AAGUAAACUAAACGUAAAACGUUGAGUUGACUGAUCUUUAUAUUACCGUUUAUGUUCCAAUUAUUUUAUUUUCUAUUAGUUUUCAAUACUUUACCUAAUGUUUUUGCCGCAAAGGUAGUUUUAGGAUGACAAUGGAAAGAAGAAUCAAAUUAAAAACCUUAAACAGUCACAUUACUUGCAAGAUAUGUCGUGGAUAUUUUAUUGACGCUACUACAGUUACGGAAUGCCUACAUACGUUUUGCAAAAGUUGCCUGGUGAAACAUUUGGAGGAGAACAAUACAUGUCCAACAUGCAACAUUGUCAUCCACCAAUCUCAUCCACUGCAAUAUAUCAGCUUCGACCGUACCAUGCAAGAUAUUGUAUAUAAAUUGGUCCCUGACUUACAGGAUAAUGAAAUGAAACGCGAGCGUGACUUCUAUCGUACGCGGAACCUGCCGUGCCCCAAGGAUGCAGCUCUAGCUGCUGACAAGCCUGGGGCUGGAGAUGAACCGGAGCAACCUGACAACACUGACUGCCACAGAAAAGAUGAACAGGUCAACGUGUGCUUGGAGUGUAUAUCAACGUCCCUGCGUACAUUGAAGCGUAGCUUUAUCAGGUGUUCGUCGCAGGCCACCAUUACACACCUCAAAAAAUUUGUAGCCAAGAAAGUAUUAACGGGAAUGGAGAAGUAUAGAGAAAUUGACAUAUUAUGCAAUGAUGAAUUAUUAGGCAAGGACCACACAUUAAAGUUUGUAUAUGUAACACGAUGGAGAUUCAGAGACCCGCCCCUACGAUUGCAGUAUAGACCUAAAAUUGAUCUAUAAAUAGUAUUUUUUUAAAUGGUAGCAACAUGUUUUUAUAUAUGCCUGAAUAUAGUUAAUACCUAUAUAUUUAAUACAAUGUCUAUACUAUACUAAAUGAGGAUUGACUAUUACAUAUGAAGAUACCAAAUUAAGGAUACAGGCAAAGAACAAGGAAUGUCGUAAUUUUUGCUUUUCUCCCUCUUAUUUUAUUUGAUUUCUAAAAUUAAAAAGUCUGAUUUUAGCAAAAAUAUUUAAUAAUUAUUAAAAAAUAAAAAUAGAAAAGCGUAUAUGAAAAAACUCAUUAUUACUUCUAAGUAAAAAGUGAAUUUUGACCUGAAUAAUAUGACUACCUAACUUCUAAAUUGCGUUUUUUUUUUAUAAUUGAUACAUUAGGCCAUUCCCUGUUCUUUGCUUGUAUACUUCAAAUGGAAAAUUCCUUAGGUUUGCCUGUUUUGAAGGCUUUAUUCAAUUUUAUACUUGAAAACGAAAGUGAUAAGGUUCAUUAUGCAAUAAUGUCAAUAAAUGCAAGGAUUUUCCAUGAGUUCAUCUCAUGUAUGUGUGUUAAUAUAGCUACAAAAUAUGAUCUUGUAUGAGGUCAUUGAGUACAUCGUAGAAAGAGAAUGCUACAGGGACUAACCUUAAUCUAAGAGGUACAUACAUAUUUGGGCAUGUACUAACAUUGUCUGUUUAUGUGCAGCAAUGUUGGCUUUUGGUGGAAUUUGAAAUAUAUAAUUGAUAUCUAUAAUUAUAUGUGUAAGUGAGAACACUACUAAAAGUGUUUUCAUUUAUAAAGAUGGUUAUAUAAUUUUUUUUUACCUAAUAAAAUUAUUGGGGUCCAUUUUGAGAUGCAUUGCUCCAAGUCUAUCUCUUAGUCUAAUAUUUUAAUUUGAUAGUUUAGCAAUAUUAAUGUUUUAUGGACUAUCACAAAAUAAAUUUAUAAUAAUAUUGACUUAAAUCUAUUAGAAAAUUAUUUCAUAUUGGUCCAUCCAAUAAUUAUUUUGCUGUGAUAUCAAAUUUAAACUUUAAUUUUAGAGAUAGGUUUAAAGAAAUGAUCCCUCUGAAUUGUUAAACCAUCAUUUUCCACCAAUAGCUUUUAGGAUAACUUUCUCAAUGUAAACAUUUGAAUACAUCAAUUUCUUAUUAUUGUAAAUUUAAAUGAUCAGUCAACUUUUUACUUAUUUGUGGGUGAUCUUCUACUUUAAUCCAUAAUUCCUCGACACAUUCUUUCCGGGAACGCUCAGAUUGUAGAAUAUUUUUUCUCUAAAUAGAGUUUCAAAGGUCUUAAAAAGUUUUUUCAUAAUCAGCAAUGUGCAUAUGACACCACCAGUAUUACUGGCAUAUAUAGAUACCAUGGUAUAGUUAUGGUAACUAUUAGAGAGAUGCUCUGGAGCGUUCUUUGUAAUCUGUGGAGGAUGAGGGUAUAAAGUAGAUAAGUUUAAUUUUAUAGUCUAUUGUUAUGUUCAAACAUUAUGGGUUCAGUGGUCAUAUUACGAUGAUAAUAAUUUCGAAACAAACUGGAAGUUUUCUGAUUAAGAAAAUGCAGUGUUUUUAAUUAUUUUUGUUAAGAAGAAAAAAAUA